UCAAAGAGAGGAAGAAGAAAUGUUCUGCCUGAAGAAUUUCACUGCUGUCCUCUCAUGUGUGCUCCUCUUCAUCAUCCAGCCAGGUCGUGGUUCUGAGAUUAUUAAUGGGAAAGAAGUUGUGCCACACUCACUGCCUUAUAUGGCUUAUGUGACAAGUCCAAAUUCUUUCUGUGGAGGGACAUUAAUCCAUCCACAGUGGGUCCUGACAGCUGCCCACUGCACUGGUAUUAAUAAGGUGACUUUGGGAGCACACUCCAUCAAGAAACAGGAAGAAAAUUCUAAACAGAUCCAAGAGGUUGUGACACACGUUCCUCAUCCCAACUAUACCAGUGUAGUUCUGGGCUACGACCUCAUGUUGCUCAAGCUUAACAAACCAGCAAAGAAAACCGGGGCAGUCAAAUGGCUCAAGUUAUGCAAAGCCAGAGACCCGGCAGCUGGCAGCACGUGUCUGGUGGCUGGAUUUGGAGUAACUGAAAACAGCGAUGCAUCAGACGUCCUCAUGUCUGUCAAUGUGACUGUGGUGGACAGACAGAAGUGCAACUCUCGUGAUUAUUACAACCACAGACCUGAGAUCACCAGAGACAUGAUAUGUGCUGGUUCAGAUGGUACAAACGUCGCUGAUACCUGUCAGGGGGAUUCAGGAGGGCCGCUGUUGUGCGAUGGAGCGCUGGUUGGAGUCACUUCUUUUGGAGCGGGUUGUGGUGUCAUUAAAAAUCCUGGAGUCUACUCGUUUGUCUCAAGGAAACAGCUACAGUGGAUCAAGGAAACAUUAAAGUCAGCUUAAAUGUCAUGAAAGCACAGGCGAGAAUCUCUACGAGCAAGAUGAGAAUCUUUGAUGCUUUUAUGUUAAAUCUCUCGGUGAUGUCUCUGUAGACCAUUAUCCAUUUUAUCAUUUCUCAUAUUUUAGUUUCUGCUAGCUUGCUCACAUUCUGCACAUGUAUGGUAGCGGUCCUGUCAUGGUCAGUGGUUUCCACUGCAGGAACUGAAGGCAACAACAUUAACUGGACUGACCUGAACACGUUUUGUUGCCAUUCAGUAUUAAGAAAGGCACAGCCACUGUGAUGGUUUAUGGAUGACUGUUUUUCAUUUUAGCUGUUGUAAUUACACGUGUAUACACAACCCUGUAUAAAUGUGAUGACCUCGAAAAGAUCAUGACAGCUCCAAAAGCAAUCUUCACAUUUCUACAGGGGAAAAUAAGCUUUUUUACCCUCCAAUUUACUGAUUUGUGAAAAGAUGUUAUUUUCACUCAAAUUUUAAUUUUUAAUUUCUCUUUUUCAAUUAUUUUUAAUGUUUACACGAAAUCCAUGAACAUCAAACAAAGUGAGUUUAUUCAGUCUGUCAGUCAUGGUUUGUCACCAUCUCCUGUGUUAGAAACUAAAAAUUGUGGCCAGAAUUUUUUUAUGCUGAAUUUUUAAGCAUACAUUCUUGUGUAUUUUAUUGCUCCUGGAGUGUUUGUGCUAAAAAACAAACAAACAAACAAACAAUCCUAAAACAAUGAUUUGUUCUGACACAUUUUCUAUUCUUUCUACUUUCUAAUAAAGCUGGUGGCUCUUUCUUUCA